CUGGGAGGACAACGUCGAGUGCGCGAUCCGGCUCGUGACGAAGCGUGGCGGCCCGCGCGCCGUGCUGCGAGAAGAGAGCAGCAACUUUGCGCGCCGGUUUCUGCUCGAGAACCUGGCGACGCACGACGUGUUUGGCUGCUUUGCCACGCAGCGCGAGCCCGCGCUCCUGAGCAAGUUUGACGUCUGGUGGUAUGCCUGCGCCGAGAGCUCGCGCAGCGAGUGGGAGUGGGAGUCCGUCGAGCGCACCUUUGGCGUGUCCCGGGGCAUGGUCGAGCUCAUCGCCAGGGUGUGUGUGCUAGUGUUGACUGCUGCCUGCACCAACUCACCACACGUGUCUCUCCCUGCAGGUGGUCCUGCUCAAUGCACAGAAGAAGCGGCUCAACGUGACAUUCACCAACGACGAGGCGCAAGAGCCGAGCAGCAUGCGCGUCGUGCGCGCCUACCUCCGGCGCCAGGCCGACGAGCUGCUGCUUGAGCUCGACGUGUGGUCCAAGCAGCUCGGCACCAUCUCGCAGCACGUGCGCGUGACGUGCGGCGACCUCAUCUACAAGCACACAGCCAACGUCUUCAUCCUCGGCGAGGUGCUCGACCAGCCAAGCACGAGCGCGCAGAUCGUCGAGAGCAUCGACUGCGCGCUCGAGCUCUGCAGCGAGGCCUCUGCGCUGCGCCAGGUCGUCAUGCUCGUCUGGCCGCUCCUCAUCUGCGGCUCGUUUGCGAGCCCGCAGCGGCGCGACAAGGUCCUGGGCCUCGUCGAGGCCUUUCGCGAGGACUACUGCGACGACCUGAGCGUCGCCAAGCAGCUCUUGCUCGAGCAGUGGCGCGGCCAGGACGCAGGCGAGGGGCGCAGGUCGUUUGCGGCGCUCAUGCAGGCCAUUGGGAAGCAGGUCCUGCUCAUCUGAUCACACGAUUCGAUUGCAGUGCACAUGUCCAUUGUAAUGGCAUCUCAAUUGCAGUGCACGUUACGAUUGCAGACAGAAAACAAGAUGCGAUUCACACAGCACAGACGUUCUAGAGAUACAGGGGUCAUGCAGAACAGAGGAGAGAGCAACGAGCAGCCAUCGAUCAGGCGAUGUUCUUGCUGUCGACGCUGUGCUCCUGCUCCUGCUCCUGCUCCUGCUCCUGCUCCCGCUGCUCCUGCUGAUCCUGGCGCGGCUGCACCUGCUUGGCGUCCUCGCGGUACAGCGGCACCGUCUGGAUCACGGCGAUGCAGCCUGGCAGCGCGAGCAUGCACAGAAAGAAGUUGAUCGAGA